AUGUCAGCCAUCAAAUUUAAUUAUUGGAAUUUGAUCGCUAUCGCCUGCCGUACGCAGUCCCACGAAAACGGCCGGGAAACUCUAAACAAUGACGGCGACAACGACAAUUCGGCCAUCGGAAGACCCGUUCCUGCAUUGACCAGUGACGGCGAUUGUCUGAUUCUCGGCGAGCCAUGCUCAGAAUCGUCUAUCAAAAAGAGCGCAUGGGGUGAGCCAGGGGUAAGCCGGGCUUUGCAUCUUUUAAUAACGAUGAGCCCCUCUGAUCCGGAUAUCCUGAUUGGCAUUAUCGUUCCCCUCCAGAAUCUCUUGGUCGCGACCAUUUCUGUCUGCGCUCCUCUUCGGCAAUGUCGGUGA